AUGUAAUACGUUGCUGCAUAUGCUUUAUUGACUUUAGGUGGAAAAGCAAAUCCUAGCGAGGCUGACGUAAAAGGAUUAUUGGCUGAAGUUGGUGUUACAGGAUCAGAUGCAGAAAUCAAGUCAUUAGUGGAAAGUUUGAAAGGAAAGUCAUUACAAGAAGUGAUAACAGAAGGAUUGAAGAAAGUAGGUACCCUUUCAUUGGGCGGAGGAUCAUCCAAAGCAUCAGCACCAGUUGCUGCAUAAGCAUAAGCAGUUAAAAAGGCUGAAGAGAAGCCAGUUGAAAAGGCUCCAGAACCAGAAGAGGAUGUCGAUAUGGGUGGCCUAUUUGAUUGAUAAAAGAAAUUGUACAUUAAACAUUAUACAUUAAUUUGUGUUAAAUA